AUGCCUCCUAAGAAUAGAAAAUUUGAAUGUGGAAAUGAUAAACGUAAGAAAAAGAAAAAAAUUGAAGAGUUAAUUCAAUCUCAAGUAGGAGCUCUUGAUAAAUUUUUAAUCAAAGAACCACAAGUUUCAAAUGAAAGUCGUUAUGUUGAUAAUAUUGAUAGUUUGCCUAUUGAAAAUGAUAAUCUUGAUAGUGUGCCUAUUGAAAAUGAUAAUCUUGAUAAUAUGCCCAUUGAAAAUGAUAAUCUUGAUAGUGUGCCCAUUGAAAAUGAUAAUCUUAAUAGUGUGUCCAUUGAAAAUGAUAAUCUUGAUAGUGUGCCAAUUGUUGAUGAAGUUAAUAAUGAUAAUGAUGCUGAUGAUAAUGUUGAUUAUGAUAUAUUUGAUCCAAGAAAUUGGGAUCGUUUUCAACCUAAACUGAUUGAUUUAUUAGUUGUGAAAGGUCCUAAAAGAGAUAAUUCUAUUGUGAAGGGUCCUAGAGAUAGUUUGAAUAGAUGUUUUACGGCUAAUUUGUAUACUAUAGCUUUAACAAAUGGAGAGGUGUGUGAUAGAGAUUGGCUUGUUUAUUCGAAAGAGCUUGAUAGAGUAUUUUGUUUUUGUUGUAAAGUUUUUAAAAAUGGGAUUGUUAGGGGAGAAUUAGCAAAUGAGGGUUAUAGUGAUUGGGUACAUGUUGGUGAAAGAAUUAAAGAGCACGAGUUAGGCAUGGAACAUGUUAAAAAUAUGACUACUUGGUAUGAGUAUCGCAAAAGGCUGCAAAAAUUUCAAACUAUUGAUAAAACAACUCAAAGAUUAAUUGAGAAAGAAAAGGAUCACUGGAAAAAUGUUUUAAAAAGAGUUAUUUCAAUAGUGAAAUUUCUUGCUAAACAUAAUUUAGCCUUUCGUGGUUCUAAGGAGAAAUUGUACGAAGAUAGCAAUGGAAACUUUUUGGGUUUGAUUGAAAUUCACCAAGAGCAGAUGUCUUUGAUAAUAAGAUAUGUGGAUAUUUCUUCAGCUUCUGUUAGUAUUGAGGAAUCAUUUUUAGGAUUUUUGAAUGUGAAUGAUACAAGUGGUCAGGUGCUUUUUGAUGUUUUACAAAAUAAAUUGAAAGAACUUGGUCUCGACCUAUUUAACGUGAGAGGGCAAGGUUAUGAUAAUUGGUCCAAUAUGAAAGGAAAACACCAAGAUAAUGUAAAGGGGUUGACUCCAAAAUCAUUGUCAUCCACUCGUUGGGAGAGUCGUGUUGAAAGUGUCAAAGCUAUAAGAACUCAAAUGUUAGAAUUUACAGAAAGAAUCUUAUUGACUAUUCCUGUGACAGUUGCUUCUGCAGAAAGAAGUUUUUCAAAAUUGAAAUUGUUAAAGACUUACUUGCGGUCUACCAUGUCACAAGAAAGGCUUAAUGGAUUGGCAUUAAUAGCUAUUGAAAAUGAUAUUUUGUAG